UUUAUUAAGUGGUAUUAAGUCACAGUCCGUAUUUGACAAAAUAUCGUUGCGUUGGUGUUAUUAAAAAAACGUUUACGAGACAAGCUUCUGAUGAUUGAACGCGUGAUCAAAACAGCGUGAAAAUAAAGUGAUAUGGACGAAGAUCAGGUCCAAAACUUUUGCGACAGCUUCGACAUGUCGUUGCCGGAUAAGAAUCACCGUAUAUUUACACUUCCCAGGACGAUUGACACUGACGAUCACCUGAAAAAGAUGGCUUACACAAGCACCACACAGUACUCUGAAAACACCUGUUAUCUUGUUCUGUUUGAAGUUCCGGAAACUUCCAGUAUCAUCGAAACUGCUUGUGCUGAAGAUCGAAACCUGAAAUCGGACAUGCUCUUGAAUCUGUGUCUCAACUUGGGCAAGGGAAGAAUUGAUGUUUUUAUCGAAAUUAAUCAAAAUAUCGAAAAGCAAGAUGUCUCAAAGGUCAGUGAAAUAACACAAAAUCAUCAAAAGCGAAUCAAAAUCAUUAGAAAGAUUAUGGCCAAAAACGGUUUGGUAGAUAGAGUAAAAGUUGAAAUUAAUGGCAUAAAACCAGAAAAAAUUGAAAAACCCUCUAAGUUGUGGAAAAUGGUUGGUGAUAUCAAAGAAACAUGUCGCGAAUGCGGAAUUGCAUUUAUGUUGAGGGACGAAAAGAAAAGCGAAAUCGAAGCUGACCGAAGACUCUCGCUGAAUCAAGUGAGAAAUGUUUUGAAACCAGGACGGGUUGAUAGCUUCACUGAAGUAGCUAGAGAGCUGGCUAAGAAUUGCAAUUUCGAUACUCGCUUGUUCACACUGCAAAACAAUCAAGUUAAAGCUUCUUGGAAAGGGAAAGAUGAACACGGAACUACGCUAAAAGACUACAAAAAACUAGAAGAGCUUGUCAAAUGCAAGAUUCGAGACUCAUAUAGUAAAAACUUAACAACCAAGCCGUUCUUGUUUGCUCCAAAAGAGGAACUAAUUUUCCGGUCAACCACAUUGCAAAUGGCCGGUAAAACAGGACUCGCAGACUACAGGACAUUCCAAAAAACUACAAGCGAGACUUCUUUAUUCAUGCAACUGAUCGAAGCUAUUAAUGAGCCUACAGCGGAAGAGGAGCCAAAAGGAAUCUUUAUCAAAAACACAAACGAGGACAAGCUGCAGCAUAUUCUAAGGGUGAAAAAGGGGGAGCGGUAUGAGUACGACUGGCUCUUCUGUGCACCUGACAAGCUGAUUUGUAUCGAAAUCACCGCUUCCAAAAUCACUUCAGAGGCACCAGCGGCAAUAGAACAGAAAAUGACUAAAGUCUCCGAAAAACUCCGUCAAAUGUCGAAUCAUUGCCGCAGAAUAAGGCAGAUGAUGUUUGCCAUUCUGGAAGGUUCCAAUAUUGUAGAAAACUUCUCAAAAAAGAGCCUCGAAGAAAAGAAACAAUGGUUGCGAAACUUUGUGAAAAAACAUGUGAAAUUUAUUCUAAUCACAACCAACAUAUCGCGCGAUGAGUGGAACACUCAGCUGCAAACAACAGCCGUUAAGCGUGAACUUGCUUCAAAGACAAACGAAGCACUUGAAAACUGCUAUUUAAUGGUCAGCGAAAACUGCAAAGUUUCAACCGCUCAAGUUUCAAUCGAAGACUGCUUAAGUUUCAACCGCGUGAACAAAUUAAUGAAAAAUGGAGGAAACUCGAAGGAAGUUAUUCUAAAAAGUUCCGAGACAACACUGAAAGAUCUGCUAUGCGCUUUGACAACUUCAUCUCACUGUGAUGGCGACGAAGAGAUGUUGCAAGCUCUUCGAUACCUUGGGACUAUUUUGGUAUCGGGGCACAUUUUCAAGUACCAUCGUGGAGUCUUAGUUCCGACAGUGCUGCCCAGUUUGUCUUCCCAGCAGAAAGACAUAGCCUACUGUGUUCGCCGGUCGAUCCAAGAGGAAAGGGCAUGUCGCAAGAUACUGAUGGGCGAGGGUGGGACCGGGAAGACCUUAAGCUGCAUGGAGAUCAGCCGGAUUUGUCUGCAUGAGUUGAACUUUAACAGGGUCAUCUACGCUGUGCCCGAUCAAAAGGAGACGCUGAAACAAAACGUGGACCACGUCAUGUUGGACAAGUUCGGCUACGAAAAUGGAGCCGAAUUUGUCUCUUGCAAGCUGAAUUCGGUGGAAGAAUACUUCCCCCGACACAGAGCAAUCAACAGUCUCUAUGCUCUCAUCAUAGACGAGUGUGUAGUCUCGAGUAGAGACGAACUGCAGAAAGUGUUGAAACCAGUGUACGGAAUGCUGCCUCUGUUCGAUGUGGUCAUAAUCUGCAUGUCCAUUCUGGGUCAGCUGGAGUGCAGCUUAGUUGACUUUGAUCACAACACCUUGGAGGGAUUCCACCGCAGAGUUGUGACAAUUGGUUGGAGAAGCACACGCAAAAUAGCCUUAUUCAACAGCCACUACCUGCACACAGCCACAAGGAAACACAUAUGUGGAACCAGCAGCAGUGUCAUUUCACCAGACUACGAAUACGACGAAGAUAUCAAAUUCUACCACUGCUCAAAAACGGAGGAAGUUGUGACACAAGUAGCCGAAUGGCGGAAAAAAUACCAAACGGGCAAGCAUUGUGCUAUCAUCACGUUCAAACACGAAUCUUUCCCCUUAGAAUUCAAUGAAGAUCAAUUGAAAUGCGAUAAACGCAAAGGCGAAUUAGUUUUCCAGAACAGAUUCGAUAAAAGUCUAGUCGACCUAAAGUUCACUGGAUUUGAAAAACCUCACGUAAUGGUGAUUCUUUUCACUGAAGAAACAAAAGAAAAACUGUCAAUAUCAGAAGCGACAUCAUUAUUAGCCGCAACAACGAGGGCUCAAUUGUCGCUGUCGAUCGUUGUGAUGUCGAAUAAGUUGAAAGAACAUUUGAGUGGCGUGGCCAAAAAUGCUGAAGAUGAGCACAUUUUGCUAUCUUCAUCCGACACUGAUGCUGAUAACAGAGCAGCCAAAGAUGUCACCCUAAAAAACAUUGCAGAUCGAUUUGCCAUAAUGGUACAACAAGAAGACGUCAAGUCCAUAAAACAACUGCUGAGCAAGUACCAUACAACAGGUCAGUUUGAACUGUUCAAAUUAGCCAUUACAAAGACCUUCCGGCAGGUGAUGGGAAAAAGGAAAGAUGUCAAAUUCAGCGAAUUAUUUGACGAAAACACAGGAUGGAGCGUUGAAAGUUAUUUCUCGGUUGAAGAUGUUAUCGACUGGCUUCAAACUGGCUACGAGAGGGGAUACAUUAAUAACAUAACCCAGUUUCAAAAGUUUCUACAAAGGUUCUUCAAACUUAACCCAGUUCCUCAGGAAACCAUUCAGUCUAGCAUUCUGGAUAAUCAACAAAACAUUCUGUACGAAGCAUGUUUCUGUGGAUCGGGCGACGGAAUCAAACAUGCGAUGGGAACUCUGACAUCACUGAUUGGUGUCUCAGGUUCGCAGAUGAUUGGACUAAUUGUGAAAAGGAAUUACAUAAUAGAAGGUGGCGAAAGGAAGGAAUCUUUGCUGUCAAUGGUGACGAAAACGAACAAAGACUUCGAAGCUAUCAGCCAUCUUGUAGAUAUAUGUCUAGACCAAGGUCAGGAAAAUGAUUGCUGGACCGAAAUAGAACAAGGCAUCACGGAAGCAUUUAGGUGGCCAAUAAAAUUUAGAAGUUUCAAGAUCAUCGAAUGCAUGUUGAAACGAAACGAAGAAAUAAUGUAUAGACUGUUUAGAAAUGCACUUAAUGAGUUUGGGUCAGCUGCAGAGGAGGUAAGAGAGCUAACCCUGGUCAAAGGCAAUAAAGAUAGCCAACGUUGGGCAAACUGGCUCAGUGAAGUCCUUCUCAAAGAGAUAGAAGAAAAAAAAGAAUACAAAAAAGAUUAAUUCAAUCGCAAGAAGAGUAUAAAGUAAAUCAUAUAUAGUUAUCAGAGAUAAAUAAUCAGAGCAAGAUUCGUGUUGGUUGGUUAAAAAGCGGGGUUGAAAAAACCUUGGGUUGAAUUGUGUUUAGGAGUUUUGAUCGGAAUUCUAAAAAAUAUUUUUUUUUUGUUUAGGUAAUAGAUUUUUCAUAGAGAGAAGGUUUGCUCAAUUUCUUUUUGAAAUUAGGGUCUGAUUCCCGAUAGCAAAACUACCUGAGUCGAAUUGUUUUCCUGUCGACUGUUGGUUGCAACUAUUUUUCCCAAUGGCAUCAAUCACUUAAAUUCGUUUCUAAAAAUUUCAUAGAACUAAAUCUCAAACUGAUUCAACGUUACACAAAACGAAUUUUGUUCAAGUCAUCCAGAAAUUUGUUCAAGAAUUUUGCUCAAG